AAAUCACCUUCACCGCUAAUCGCUGCCCGGCCCUCCUUUCCCAUUAGUCACGCCUGCGCACGUGUAGGACGCCGCGGUGCAUUGUGGACCCUGUAGUUCCCGCUGAGUUUAUGGUGGCGUUAAGCGUGCUGUGGUUCGCAGACUGGAAUGUAAGAGGCACCAAAGAAUUCCUGUCCUGCCCUUGCAUUAGUGCUUGGGACCAAGGUUGGAUGUCCCCUGAUUAAGUAACCCCCAAAGAAGAGCCUUCAUUUGUCGUAAGGGAGAAAUAAGUAUUUAGAUAGAUGCUCUUCGACGCUCAGAGUUUAAUCAUCAGUCCUUUAAUAUUGCUGUAGAAAUAGAUUUAAAAAAAAAAGAAAACAUUACACUCACUGUCUGGUGCUACACUCACUGUCUGGUGCUGCCCUCGCUGCAGAAUGGCUUUCUGUUUGUCUGGUGUUCGAAGCUUUCCUAAACUGUGGAAGAACAAACCUUUCCUUGGACUGGACCCAGGGCAAGCCUCUCUCUGUUUCUUUUCCCCCGGUUACUGUGCCAUCAGGAGCCAACAGAGAUGGUUUUCUCUUAAAACUGCGUCUUCACAGAAUAAGAAAGCAGUGGAUCUGCUGAUUGCUAAAGCCAGAUCUCUUAAAAAAGGAGGCAAGGACUAUAAGAAGCAAGUUUCUCCUCAUUAUCUUUUUGCAGCUGGAGCUGCUAAGAAGAGAUCACGUAUGACUAUUUCACAGAGUAAUAAAGAUCAUGCCUUACCCAAGAAGUGCAGCAAUAUUCAACUCCCAAUAAAACCUUUGAAUUCAGAGGAGUGGGAUAGACUUAAAGAAGAUUUUGAAGGAAAGGCAAAUUUUGAAGACUGGAUCAUUUCACAGAUGGUUAAGUGCCAUGCCUCUAUAGAUGUGGCUAAAUCUCUACUGGCAUGGGUAGCUGCAAAAAACAAUGGAAUAGUAAGCUAUAAUUUACUAAUAAGGUAUUUACAUCUCUGUGUUACUCAUAAGCAAACAUCAGAAGUUAUUGAUGUCUAUGAAAUCAUGAAAUCCAGAUACAAGCGCUUAGAAUCUUCAGGUUACAGUCUUCUCAUCCGGGGAUUAAUCCAUUCAGACAGAUGGAGAGAUGCCUUGACACUGUUAGAGGAUGUUAAAAAAAUCAUGAUCCCUUCAAAAAAGAACUAUAGUGACUGUAUCCAGGGAGCUCUCCUUCAUCAAGAUGUGGACUUAGCUUGGAAUUUGUAUCAGGACUUGCUAGGGCAUGAUAUUAUUCCAAUGAUGGAAACUUUAAAAGCCUUCUUUGAUUUUGGAAAAGAUAUAAAAGAUGAGCACUAUUCAAACAAACUACUAGACAUGCUUUUGUAUCUAAGAAAUAACCAGCUGUUUCCAGGGGAAUCAUUUGUACACAGUAUAAAAACAUGGUUUGAAAGCAUUCCUGGAAAACAAUGGAAAGGACAAUUCACCACAAUCCAGGAAAGUGGUCACUGUUUAGGCUGUGGAAAAUCUUUAGAAUCUAUUCACCUAACUCCAGAAGAGUAUGAAUUUCUCAAGGAACAAAUCAUGAAGGAUGUGAUAGAUGGAGGUAACCAAUACAGGAAGACAACACCUCAGGAACUGAAGAUAUUUCAGACAUUUGUAAAUUCUUGUCCUCCUUUUGAUAUUGUCAUUGAUGGCCUCAACGUUGGCAAAAUGUGUCCUAAAGCUUGUGAUUCUGAAGUUCUCUUGAAUGUAGUUUCUCAACUAGCGAAGCAGAAUCUUCACCUGCUAGUCCUAGGCCGGAAACACAUGCUUACAAAUCGUUCCCAGUGGAGAGAGAGUGACAUGAAAAUGAUACAAAAGCAAGCCAGCUGUUUCUUUGCUGAUAACAUCUCAAAGGAUGACCCAUUCCUUCUGUAUGCCGCUCUGAACUCGGGGAAUCACUGCAAGUUUAUCACAAAAGACCUGCUGCGAGACCACAAGGCCUGUCUUCGUGAUGCCAAGACCCAACGCUUGUUCACUAAGUGGCAGCAGGGACAUCAGCUGGCAAUUAUAAAUAGUUCUCUAAGAUCCAAAAUAACCUUUCAGCAUAUUCUCAGAUAUGACACAGUUGUGCAAACAACUGGAGACUCAUGGCACAUACCUUAUGAUGAAGACCUGGUGGAAAGAUAUUCCUAUGAAGUGCCAACCAAAUGGCUUUGCCUGCAGCGAAAGAGUUAAAGUCUUGCCACAGGCUUUGUGUUUGGGUGACCUCCUUCCUGCUUGGUAACAGAGCUCUUGAGUUGAUGCUUGUUUAGGACAUUGCCUCUGUCCUGAAGAUAAGAAGAUUUUACUGACACUGGUCGAGACAACAAUCCAUUUAUUAUUACUAUUUAUUAUGUAGUUGUAUGAAGAAGUUACAGUUCCACAAGUCAGGUUAUGAAUACAGUCCAUCUUGAUCAGUGUCACCCCUUCCAUCAUUCUCUUCCAUUUUCCCUCUCCCAAUACUAUCCUGAAGUUAACAAAUUGAUUGAUUUUACUUUUUUGGGGGGAGGGGGAGCAGGUCCUGGGGCUUGAACUGGGCCUGGGUGCCCUGAGCUUCCUUGUACCCAAAGCUAGCGUACCAUUUGAGCCACAGUGCCACU